AAAUUAGUGCUAGAAGCAGAUUUCUAAAAUAAAAACCACUCGUGAGAUGAAGGCAAAGAAAAAUAAGGUUCUGCAGAAGAGGAGAUAUAGGACUAAGAUGGAGGUUUGCUGAACCCUAUAGAAUAAUGUUCCACUUGCAAUGUAUUAAAAUUUAAAAUAAAAUGAUAACAAAAAUAUAUUUAGACCCAGAGUGUAGAUCAUGUGUGUCUUACAUAAAAAAGAAAAAUAUGUAUAUCCCAGAAGAAGAUAUAACAAAAUAAAAAUACAGUAAUGAAUUAAUUAAAAUACAGCUAUUGAGGUAAUGCAAAUAAUAAAAACAGUGACUCUGGUAUGAUUUAGGUACAUUAGAAUUAUGAAAAAAUGUUGGUAAUAUUACUAAAUGUGUUAAGUCUAUUAAACCAGUUUUUCCUUUCUCUGUUGAAACUGUUUUAUUGAUAUGUAGGGUGAAAUUCAAUUGUAAGUGAAAAUAUAUGCCUAGAAAUUUUGUUUCAGUGACUUUUUUAGAGGAUCAUUGUUGAUUGCAUAAUAGUGGUUUAUGUUAGAAAGACUUAUAUUAAACAUUCAAUAUUUGCAUUUGCCAAUAUUUAAUAAGUACAUCAAUUGUAUAACAUAGUUACAUCUUUCUGGAUAGUAAUCCAGUCAAGUGAUAGGUCUAAACAUUUUCAAUUCAUCAACAAACAAUAGAAGUUCGCUAUUAAUAUCUGAGCCAAUAUCAUUAAUGAAUAAUAUAAACAGUAAAGGGGCUAGGUUGCUUCCUUGUGGAGCACCACUUACUAUGAAAUUAAAUAAUGUAUGGCUACAAUAUUCAACAAAUAGCAUUAUAUCAUGUAGACAGGAUUUUAGUAAGUUAAUAAGAUGGUUAUCAAAACCACAAUAUGCUAGCUUAUUCAGGAGUAGGUAUUUUAUAGUUAAUCUUAACAUAAGCCUUUGAGAAGACCGUAAAGAUGGUAUCCACAGGCUGUUUAAUAUUUAUGUUUGACUUCUUUGAAAAUAAAUAGUGCCUUUCAUUGGGGGAAAUGACUAUAUUCCAACUCCUUGUUUACCGGUUUAUAUAUUAUGUAUAAAAAAUAUUCAAUUCCUGCAGCAAACUCUCAAACAAUAAAGUCAUUUCCCUCAAUGAUGGCACUCUAUUCGUUUUUAAAAAUGGUUGGUUCUUGCAGUGAAAGGGUUAAUUAGUAGUCCAUAUAGUUCUAAUUUUUUAUGAAAUAAAUACCUGUCUCUGAAACACCUCCUAAUAUUCUUCCGACUCUACCUAAAGAAUUUAAACUCUGUAAACUAAUAGUAUCUUGUUCUAUAAUACGAAAUGGAUGGGUAGUUCUACUGGUCCCUGCAAAAACUCCCUCGACUGAUGAAUUUUGACUAUUUGGAGGUGUAAUGUUUCCAGCUUGAUAGUCUUCAUCAUCAUGUUGAAGCUUUUGACGAAGCUCCUUAAAUUUCUUUCUACCGCCAAUGGAUACUUCCUUAAUUCUGUUUUCAGUUAAUUGCUUUAAAUCAUCAGCUGCUUCAUCCACCUCAUUCAAGCCUAAUAUGUUGGGUUCAGAACAAGCUCUCUUAGAUAAAGUCUCUUUCGAAACCUUCUUACUUUUCCUAAAAAACUUAAGGUUAACAAACUAGACAAAAUCAAGUAAGGCUUGUCUAAACUGUUUUGUUUAUUUUGAUGUCAAGUAAAUAAAAUGAAAAGUCAGUCUUUCUGAAUCAGUCUCCAUUUUAAUAAAAUUAGCCCCAUGAGAGAAGUCUGUGAUAACCACAGCAAACCUCAAAUACGCUUUCCGCUCAAGGUUGUUUUCUCUUCCAAAAACCAAAUCAACAUGGAGGACUUAGCUGUGGAAGUAUGCGGCGAAAACGGCGCUCUUUAUAAGGGCUACGUUAUAGACGUUUUCGACGAUGAAGUACUCAUACAUUUUGAAGCUGAUUGGCAGCCAGAUUCAAAAUUUCCUUACUCCCAAGUUAAAUUGCCUCCCAAGUCAGAUCCCAAGGUAGAAUUUGCUGAGAAUAUAGAAGUUGAGGUGUAUUCUAGAUCUAAUGAUCGUGAAGCCUAUGGCUGGUGGAAAUCAAGGAUCAAGAUGAUGAAAGGUGAUUUCUAUGUCAUUGAAUAUGUUGGUUGGGAAACAACCUACACAGAAAUAGUUAGCAUUGAUCGUCUUAGGGCUAAAAACAAUAAUCCACCUAUUGAUAAAAAUAUGUUCAAUAAAUUUGAAAUUGAAGUUCCUGAUGAUGUUCGUGAAUAUGCCAAGAAAGAAAAUGCUCAUGCAGAGUUUCAAAAAGCAAUAGGUGCUGGUUGCAUAACCUACAACGCUGAAAAAAACGUUCUUUUAGUAAUAUCUAGGAGAGAAUCAAGCCGUAGUCGUGCUGCUUUACUGCAAGACAUGCAUUUCAGAAGUCUCUCACAAAAAGUGCUCUUAUUAAAACGUACAGAAGAAGCUGCCCGUCAACUGGAGAGUACCAAAUUGGCGACCAUAGGAGGAUAUUCAGAUGAAUUUAUUGUUAGAGAAGAUUUGAUGGGUUUGGCCAUAGGAGCACAUGGUGCUAAUAUCCAACAAGCUAGAAAAGUAGAUGGAAUUACCAAUAUCGAAUUAGAAGAAAAUUCAUGCACGUUUAAAAUUUAUGGUGAGACUGACGAGGCUGUGAAAAAGGCAAGAUCCAUGUUAGAAUAUAGCGAAGAAUCUCUACAGGUACCCCGCGCACUAGUAGGCAAAGUUAUUGGAAAAAAUGGUAGGAUUAUUCAAGAAAUUGUUGACAAAAGUGGAGUGGUUCGAGUUAAAAUUGAAGGUGAUAAUGAGCCUCAGCCAACAAUUCCACAUGAAGAGGGGCAGGUACCAUUUGUCUUUGUUGGCACUGUAGAAAGUAUAGCAAAUGCUAAAGUACUUCUUCAAUAUCAUCUUGCUCACCUAAAGGAAGUAGAACAACUUAGGCAAGAAAAAUUAGAAAUUGACCAGCAACUCCGAAGCAUCCACGGCUCUGGCCUUGGUUCAAUGCAGAGCCUGUCCAUGAACCGGCGCAACGAUCGGGGUUACAAUUCGGAUAUGGACAGCGGCGCACGAUCUGGUAGAGGUUCCAUGCGUGGUCGAGGAGGACGUGGCAGAGGCAGGGGCGGCGGCGACAGAUACAACUCUGGUUCAAGACAUCAAACUCCAGAUACAGUAGAUGAUCGCGUCCAUGAUUUACCGCCAAGGUACUACGGUGGUCCCAGAGGUAGAGGAGGAGGAGGAGGUCGCAGGGAUACCCGCAGAGACGACAGAAGGCGCACUACCGACGAUGAGGAUACUGUUUUAGAUAGCCAAGAUGUUUCAAGUGUUGACAGAGAGUCAGUAUCUAGCGCAGAAGUCCAUCUAUCGUCCGAAGGUGGUGCUCCACGCAGGCGCAGGCGUCAAGGAAGACAACGUAGCCGUACUCCCUCCUUGCGUUCCGAAGAGACAGUUAACAACCAUUCUGGCGCACACAGCGAGGCUACCAACAAUGACAGCACUCAUCUCGAUAACAUCUCUAAACCCAGAGACCAGAAAAAUCGCUCUAACAGGCCUCCCCCAUCACGUAGGAACGAACCCAAGCCCAAAGAGGCAUUGGUGAAUGGUACAACUACAUAGAGUCGAAUAUUGCUCUACGCUGCUAACAUAUUGUACCCCAGUCUGACGGGUAUGCGCAAAAAUGAAAAAAUGGCGAAUCUUGGCAAAGUUGUAUCACUGGGUUUUUAUUUCUUCAUUCGUAGCUAAGCUCGAAAAUAAAUGAAAAAGGUGCUUAGACAUUGUACAUAAUUUUAAUCAGAGGUUUGGUAGUAUUUUAAUUUUAGAAUUUAUAAAAUUAUUUAUCCGAAUAUACAAAAAAGCAUUUAAAUUAACAAAAAAUUUUAGAUUUGAAGUAUGUAUUUGGAAUAUAUUUCGUUUUAAAAACGAAUCAUACAUGCUACACAUAAUUGUCUUCAAAAGACAGUGAAUUUCCAAAAUACAAAAAUGCUUUAAACCUAUCAGCUAUUUCCUGAUUUAUUAUUAGAGAGAGUGAUACAGAUUUGCCAGGUUUCGGUGCUUUAUCAAUCUCUAUUAGGUAAAUACUACCUACAGACUGGGGUAUUUGUGCGCUCUCGACUAUUAUACAAGAACUUUUUUAGUUUUCGUUUUUGUUAUUUUUGUGUUGCAUAUCUUUUCCCGGUGUAGCCAUGAAUUAAAAAAAAUAGUGGGUGGUCUACUACCCCACCUCGGAUGAGACCUGAGAGACUGCUUGGUUCUGUGAACCCCCCAUCUUAUUGCAAGACUGUAUUAAAUAAAAGUUCAAGUGACGUCUAUGAAGCUUAGUGUGAUUAAUGAUUGACUAAUAAUAAUAUGUAACCUGGAAGAUUUGUGACAACUUUUCUAAUUUUCAUACAUUGAAUAUUACUCCCUAGCGCACAUAAAACUUCGUAUUUGUAGGUUUUUGUGGAGUAAAAUUAUGAAGAAAGAAAUUUGGACUAUUUCGAAACAUCAAAAAUAAUUUAUACACCGUAUUUAAAAUAUGUAAUAUAAAUUGGCAAAAGUGGUUUUUAGAAAACAUUUUCCCAAAAAUAAACCUAGCAUCAUCAAAGAUUAUCGAAAAUAUUUAAUGAUUGUACUUUUGCCAGUUUAUAGUAUAAUAAUUGAACAGACAAUAUUUAGCUAAAAAGUGAUGAAUUGGUUCCUAAAAUACAUAAGCGGUCCUCAUAUUUUAUUCCACAAAUAUGGAUUUAAGAUUUCCUCUGCUGAAGCAAUGGAAAACAUCCUCACCUACUUAAAUUUGAUUUGCCGUCAGUUAACUAAAAAUAUUUCUGUGACAUUAUGUAUUUAUAUAUUUUAUUUAUUAUUUUUUAUUUGUUUUUUUUUUUUUAGUAGUCUGUAGCACUGUAAAAAAAUAAUACAGAAUGUUCUUUUUUUCUUUUUGUAAUAUUAAGUGUACCAUUGUAAAUACACGCCCUUAUUUUUUGUAGAUUUUACAGCGUUUUGAUUAGUUGCUGAUGUUAUGUUCAGAUUACACCAAUAUGUUUAUCUGCUGUGUAUUAAUAACACAUUUUGCAUCAAAUAAAUUAAGUAAAAAAUCUGGAUUAUUUUUAUUUAUUUUUUUACUUUACAAAAAUAAAUAUACAUCGGUUUCUUUUUUAUUUGCUUGUUUUAAAUGAUUGUAUUUACAAAAUUAAUAUAUUACAGUUCAUCUUUAAUGUCCUUUAUAUCGUAUUCAAUAUUAUUUAAAUCAUCCCAGAUACCUUCAGGAACCAUUGUAUGGAUGUUUUGUACAUUUAAAUCGGUAUCAGAUGUGAUAUUUAAGUAUGUAAGAUAUUUUCCCUCGGAUGGCCACCAAUUGAAAUUGUCUUUUAAUAAAUGGUACCUAAAAAAAUGUCCUGAUACAAAAGAUUUAAUAAUUUUAUCAAAAACUGAUUUGAGUUUUUUUAUAGGUUCUAUGUUAGCUAAUUGAAAUCCAUACAUAUAAAAUAUAUCAUCACAGUGACCAACACCU